GGAACAGAUCGAUGUUGGCUUGCCUUCGAUGAGAAGCUUCGUUCCUUCUCACACAAGCCUCAACGGAAGCGAACCAAAUCGGUCAUCUCCGGUCACCGUUCGUCCUCGAAAUCGCACGCCGGAGAUAGGAUUUAGGGCCAACUGCAACUGUUUGUUUGCCAUGGACGCUCCUACGCCAGUUGGUGGUUUCUUGGAACUGCUCAACGCCAUGGGAGACCCCGGCGGCAAGGAGGCCACAUUGGGCAGUUGUAGCAGCAGCCCAACCAUGGCUGCAGUGCCGCAACCCUCUGUUCGUGACCCAUCCCCCCCAUCAGCCGGUCCUUCUAAUAUCAGUGGUCCAUUCUGUACACCAAAAAAACCUCCAAUGGUUCCAUCGUGUUCGACAUUUCUACCUGAUUGUGAUGAUGAGUUGAAGCCAAAAGUUGGAAUGUCAUUCGAUUCUCUAGAUGCAGUGGAAGAAUUUUAUAAGAUAUAUGCUCAUGAAGCUGGUUUUGCGGUUCGUAUAGGAGCUCAAACUAAGGUGCUCGGCAUCAUUGAGAAUAAGAGAUUCUUGUGUACAAGACAAGGCUUCUCAAAGAAAAGUGCUAAAUCAGAUGUUGCUCUAGCUGGAAAUCAGAAGAACUCAAAGAAGCCAAAGAUGCGAUCCGAGACAAGAUGUGGCUGUAAUGCGCAAAUCUAUGUGAAGUUGGGUCCAGAUAAAAGGUACUAUAUUGCUUCGAUGAUUGAGCACCAUAAUCAUGGUUUAGUGUCACCUGAUAAAAUUAUGUUUCUCCGAUCAAACCACACAAUCAGUGAAAGAGUUAAGACUACUUAUUCACAUGCCACAAAGCGAGUAUAGGUACUUCACAGGCAUAUAGACUUUUACAAGUAAGCGAUGGAUUUGAGAACAUUGGAUGCAUGAAGCGGGAUCUUCAAAAUUAUUAUCGGGGACUUAGAGAGAAAAUUAAAAAUGCAGAUGCUGAAAUUUUUGUUGCACAGAUGGAGAGAAAGAAAGAGGCAAAUUCUGCUUUUUUCUAUGAUUUUGUUGUGGAUGAGCAUGGAAAGUUGGUCUACAUUUUUUGGGCUGAUGCUACAAGUAGAAAAAACUAUAAACAUUUUGGUGAUGUAGUGACUUUUGAUGCAACAUAUAGCACAAAUCAG